CUUAUACACUGCUAGAUAACACCUGAGCAGAAGCAGGCAGGUUCCUCCUUUAGGCUGGGACAUUGAGGAGACCACAACUGAAAAAUGGCUGCUUCAAAACCACGUAUCAUCACACUAACCAAGCGUGAGGGACUAAGCUAUGGCUUCUACCUCAGAGUGGAGCAUGGGGAGGAGGGUCACCUGAUUCGAGCUCUGGAGAUGGGUGGCCCAGCUGAACUGGCUGGUCUGAAGGAUGGAGACCGCAUCAUCAGAGUCAAUGGAACAUUUGUGGACAAUCUGGAGCACAGCCAGGUUGCAGAUUUGGUGAGAAAAAGUAAGAUGACUGUCACAUUCCAUGUCCUUGGAGAAGAGCCAUAUAAGCAGGCCAAAGCCAACGGUGUGAACCUUGCCGAGCCUCAGUCCCUCACUGGUCUGAGCCAACCCAUCAUGAAUGGAGUGUCUAUACCGGCCCCUAAACCCAAACUGUGUUUUCUGCAAAAAUCCAGCAAUGGGUUUGGUUUCUCCCUAAAAUCCACGAGAAGUGAUCAUGGCACAUUCAUGAUAGAUGUAGUGUCUGGAGGAGUGGCUGAUCAGGCUGGUGUGAAGCUGGGUGAUCGUGUAGUGGAGAUAAAUGGCGAAAAUGUUGAGAGCCUGUCACAUGAUGAAAUUGUGCAAAAGGUGAAAGCAGCUGGGAAGAAUGUCAUUCUUCUGCUGGUGGAUGAGGACACUGACAAAUACUUAAAAAACAAAAGCAUUCGACCAGGUGUGUGGCUUGCAACAGUUAGACACCUCCCGCAUAAGCCCCGCAUUGCAGACAUGGUCAAGAGAUCUGAUGGAUAUGGCUUCAUCCUCAAGGAAGACCCAAAAUGUCCAGGCCAUUACAUUGGACAAAUCGACAAAGGAAGCCCCGCGGAGCUAGCAGGACUCAAGGAUAAGGACCGACUAGCCGCUGUGAAUGGAGAGGAAAUAGAAAACUACACACAUGAACAAGUGGUGGACAAAAUACAACAAGGCAACAAGUGCUGCCUCCUGGUGUUGGAUGCUGAAACAGACAAAAUGUAUAAAUUGGGUGGUGCUUCUCCAAUUCAAUACUGGGAGGAAAUGAGAGCAUCCCUGCCCAGUCAUCCUGAACUUGAAACCAGACCUGCCCCAACACCAUCCCUAGCUGUGCCCACACCUGCCCCAGCAGAUGUAGACCACAAACCCAAACUGUGCAAACUGGAGAAGACUGCAGCUGGAUUUGGCUUCCAUCUCAAUGGCAUCCAGGGAGUGUCCGGACAGUACAUUAAAGAGGUGGUGAAAGGAGGAGCAGCAGACAGAGCCGGACUGGAGGAUGAUGACGUUGUUGUGGAGGUGAAUGGAGUGAAUGUGGAAACGAGCACACAUGAGGAGGUUGUGAACCACAUCCGUAAAAAUGGGGACAAGCUAGUCUUCCUAGUAGCUGGGAGGGCAGCAUAUGACCACCUGAAAUCACAAGGGAUCGCCAUCACCACUCAACUGCUGAAAAAAGAGCCUGCUGCUGAUAUCCUAGCACCAGCCCACGCACCAGAGGAGGAGAGGAAAGAACAGCAUAAAGACACAGGAAAAGACAACGAGACAAAAAGACCUGCUACUCCACCCCCUCAAACCCGUGCAAGGACUUCAUCAUCAUCAUCAUCUGAGAGUGAGGAGGAGAGACUCUGAGCCUAAACCGACAAAUCCUGCCAAUAUUCUGAUUUAGAGACAUAUUAGUGCACGGAUCGACCACAAUCCAUUAAGAACAGGAAAUGCCCUUUGAAGAAGAGACUCUAAGGCCUUUUUAUUAAGAUUAUCCCUGUGCUGUUGGGCUUUCACUGGUGUCUGUAACAAAGAUUUUAACUAGCUAUAUUAUAAAAGACAAAGAAAAGGGUCAUACACCUGUUUUGUAGCAAUUAAAAUGAAACAAAAGGCACUUUUCCAAAACUGGUCUUUCAGAUAAUGCAAUACCUAUACUAUUCUUGAUAUAAAUUUCAUUCUACAUCAAAUUUGUUUUUAUUUUUUGGUUGACUACUCCUAUUGAACAAAGCUUCUUUACUUGGUGCAAAGCCACGAGACAAAACAGUCAACAAUUUUUGUGGAAAUGCUUCAAAAGCCUUUUAACUGAAUUUGGAGCAUCACCCUUUUAACAUAUGUAAAUCACUGACAGUAUCAGUUUAACCCACAACAUUUUUUUUAGCGUGUUCUGCAAUAGUCCGAAAUACAUCAAAUAACCUUAAUCAAUAACCUUACCCUUUUCUAGAUGUGAUGUGAUUUCAGUAAACAAUUUUAUGG